AGAGGUUGACAGUUGAUUGUUUUGAAAGACGUGUCAAAAACUUGUAAAAAAAAGUUUAAUCGAAAUUAGUAAUAAUACAAAAUAAAUAUAUUUAUUAAUGUAUCAGCAAUAAAAAGUCUAGUAUCUACCGUAAUUGGAAAGUAUGCAUACUUAGAAUUUAAGGCAACAUAUGUGAUAUAACUGAACUUCACCUCAUCAAAACUAUUAUGUGGUAACAUAUUUCAAUAAUGCAAUGCUUCCUAGAAGACGCCGAACUGGCUCAGACAGCGAGCCCCACGCGGUAGUUAGUGGCGAAAGAUUUUGGUCCCAUUCUCAACCCGAAACGUUGAACCAUUUGAACAAUACGUAUCCCAAUAAUGUUCCUGCUGACUACUACUCGCAAGAAGAUUUCAUAGAAGAAUACGUCGAGCCUGAAGCAGUCAUGACUGCAAGAGACAGAACUAAUGAAUUCAUUAAUACCAUACAGACUUUACAGGGUCGUAAUAUAGCUAGAGCAGUUUCUGUUCGAGACCCGAAGAAAUCGAAAGUGAUACAGAGCCAUUCAGAAUUUAUGCUCAUUGCCAAAAAUGUUGGGAGGAAUAUCGCGAGUACCUAUUCUAAACUCGAGAAAUUGACUUUAUUGGCAAAACGAAAAUCUCUAUUUGAUGACAGAACGGCAGAGAUCCAGGAGUUGACUUACAUAAUAAAAGGCGAUCUUAGCAGUUUAAACCAACAAAUUGCUCAACUGCAAGAUGUUUCCAGGAAACAAAAACAAACCACUAAUGGCAAGCACUUACAAUCCCAUUCCAGCAGCGUAGUUCUUACACUACAGUCGAAACUGGCGAGCAUGUCUACGGAUUUCAAGCAGAUAUUAGAGGUCAGAACGGAGAACCUGAGGCACCAGAAAAACAGAAGGGAUCAAUUUUCACAAGGAGGUCUCCCUCUCACGAACACAUCACCAGUCACGCAAGGAAGCAUCCUUCUGCAAGAGCCAGACCAAGUGAGCAUAGAUCUGGAGAGUACGGCCCUGAUACCAAAACAGAACCAAAUGCAGGCAGCGUUGAUGUAUGAUCAGACCGACACCUACCUGCAAGAUCGGGCGGAAACAAUGCAGAGUAUUGAGUCCACGGUAGUGGAACUUGGAGGGAUUUUCCAGCAGUUGGCCCACAUGGUCAAGGAGCAAGGGGAAAUUGUGGAGCGGAUAGACACCAACAUUGAGCAAUCUGAAAUGAACAUCGAAGCAGCCCAUGCGCAAAUCGUGAAAUAUUUCAACUCAGUCUCAUCGAAUCGUUGGUUGAUGAUUAAAAUUUUUGCCGUUCUGAUAUUUUUCUUUAUAUUUUUCGUUGUCUUUAUGGUCUAAUUAUAAUUUUGUAAAGAGUAAUAUAUAUAUCUUUCAGACAUUCAUAUUUUAA